AUGGCGAGGGCAGUACUGAUAGACCUGAAGAGUGAAGGAGCAGCCCCUUGGGAGACUUGGACCCCGGAAUCUGUGACCAGGAUCCUAGAAAAGGUUAGGAAGGCCAGCAACGGCCAGGAGGAUCCGCUGGUUUUCCUUCUGUGCUGCCAAAACCUCCCCAGCAAGAGGAACGGAGAAGACGCCCCCCUGCAUGCUGCAGCUCGAGGCCUCCAUUGCCCAGAGAGAGGCCUUGAGGUCGUGUGCGCACCCAGCACCGUCGCCGCCUUCUACGCCGUUAAACAAAAGCUGGACGAAAAAGACAUCGGCCGGGUUCAAGUGCUGUCCUUGCCACAGCGACGAGCCAUCGUGAGAGCAUUUGUUGAUCGGCUCUUCACGAGUGUUUAUCAGUUUGAGUUCGAGGACUUACAAGGGAACUCUGAAGCAAGAAGCCUCAAGCGAUCCACAGGAUCUCCGAGUGAACUUCUGCCUCCACUUACCGCCCAAGAACUGGGAAAGAUACAAAGGGAGAUCAAAAUUUACUUGGAAGGUCUUCCUAAUCUGAAAGGGGAACUUAGAAUUCUCAGAUCUGCGCUGAUUCCAGAUCAUAUCUUCCUGCAUGGCUUCACUACAAGAACAGGCGGCAUCUCAUACGUCCCAACUCUGAGCUCCUUCAAUCUCUUCAGUAGCGCCAAGAGGCGUGACCCACCGGUUGUGGUUCAGGAGAACUUGCGGAGGCUUGCGGAGGCUGCCGGAUUCGACCCGCAGGCGUAUCAUACCAUUAAGGUCAACCACGCCAGCGACGUUUGGGUCAUGGGAAAGGCCCUGCCGGACAGCUACGAUGGGAUCGUCACGAACCAGAAAGGGGUGGUGGUAGCAGCUCCUGGAGCCGACUGCAUCCCUGUGAUUUUUGCAGAUCCUGUCAAGAAAGCCUGCGGUGCUGCUCAUUCAGGCUGGCAGGGCACGUUGUCGGGAGUGUCCAUGGCGACGGUUCGUGCCAUGGUGGCAGAAUACGGCUGUCACGUGGAAGAUAUACUCGUUGUCUUGGGGCCGUCAGUUGGACCUUGUUGCUUUACACUACCACAUGAACAGGCGAAAGAGUUUCAUAGGAUCGAUCCAAAAUGCGUCAGGCAUUUGGAAUCCUCGAAGCCCUCCGUCGACAUCAGAAGAGCCACACGAGUCCUUCUUGAAGCUGGAGGGAUUCUGCCUCAGAACGUUCAAGAUGAUUCCGUGACAGACCCAACCCAGAACCUCACGCUGUGCACCUCCUGCCACCCCGACCAGUUCUACUCUCACGUACGUGACGGCGAAAACUUUGGGACGCAGAUUGGCUUCAUAUCAAUUAAGGACUGACUGUGCUGC